AUGAACGUCGGCAUGGCCAGCUACCAGGCCGAUGGUGCAGUGCAGGGGACCGUUGAGAUUGUUUCAAUGACAUUGAUGACGAAAAAGACAAACAUAACUUCUCUGGUUGGAAAAGCACUGGAGAGUGCAUGGCUCAGUGCACCUACAUCGACACUGUUGUCAUGGAUGCUCCAGCUGCUGAGCAUGAUGGGAAGUGCAAGUGCGGCACUAGCUGCACUUGUGUGA